AUGGGGAAAUUUUUGAAGGUCCUUAUGCGGCGCGACCGAGGAGCUCAGAAAAAGUACUGGACGAAAUUCGAGCUGGACAUACCAUUGGAAACACCUCAGUCAGCCCUCGACAAAAAGAUCUUCAAUGGCGACUGGACUCUUCGAGAAGGGUGGACUUACCGUAGGGGCAAGGACUUUGUCGGGAACAAGUCCUGGAUUUUCACAAGCUUGGAUGAACCGGACCUUAGUUUCGACGAGAUGCAACUAAGGGUAUAUCGAAGACUUUCAUACGACCCAGUAUUCGAGGAUGACGGGGUGAGCUGGAAGUACAAAAGAGAUCCUCCGCUUUCUUCUGUCACGAGCAAAUCUUGCUUGGAAAGAAUGGCACCUCUGUGUAUACCACCUUCGCGCCGUUUAUACACCCAUUAA